AUGAAGCUUCUCAAAUCACUGUCCACGAGAGCUUCUCAUUUUGGUGGUUCCAAGAAGACAGAGACUGCCAAUGAGGACGCUAUCACAGCUAAAACACGUCUCUCUUCGACUGAUCUGUCAUCGCCCACAAAGAGCUUGGUGGAGAGCAAGAGCAAACUAAAGGAAAAGCAUAAAGAACUCCAAAAUAUAGACUUGGAGGAAGGAGAUGAUAUAGCAUCGAUAAUGUCUCCAGUUGGAAAAAAGAAAAAGAAGCGAAAGUCCAAACGAAGUUCCAGCAUGCACAAUCACAGCACGAUACCGGAUGACUCCAUACGGAGCGAACGGACCAAAUCUGAACGAAUGCCAGUUGAAACUCCCAGAGGCAAGAAGAAGAAAAAGAAGAAGAAAAAGGGCAAGGGUGGAUCCAGUCGUAGAAGUGAAGCCAGUACGAUACGGCAGUCAAUAAUGCUAACGCCAUCUGACCAUGAACGAACGGAACACUCCAGGAUCGGGGAUUCGGACCGUCAUGAAGAGGGAGAGUCAGAGGGAGAGACUUGGCUUAUGAACUUUGGUCCCAAUCAAACCAUUUCGGCUGCAUUCGGUGGUCCACAGGCCAUGCCCGAUCUAGAUGAGAAUGAUGAAAAUGAUUUGCCCGAUGAAAACAAAAGCAUGAAAUCCAAUUUAAAACUGGCUCUUCCACCAAAUGAGGAUCCGAUGAAUGAUUCCAAAGUGUCCCUGGCGUCGCUUGCCGACAGCUUUGUUAUGGAACCAAGGCCUCCGAUAGGAGAAUUGGUGGUGGGCGGCCGGGGAGAAGAUGACGAUGACGACGUCUCUGAGAUUGGAGAACCAAAUGUGGCUGUGGAUUUGCGCACCAGUGUUCGAACGAACGAUGCACCCGACGAUCGGGAUGUAUGUUUCGAAGAUAGGGGCCACCCGGGCACUCGCGUCAUGACCAAGGUCAUUCGCCAUCUAUUGGAUGAAAAUGAGCAUGCCAAGUACACACCCCCAAUGGGCAAACUGAUACGACGCAAACUGAGGGGUAGACGGUUUUUGGUGAAGCAACGGCAGAAUGGAGAAGUCACUUGGCGGGAAGCAGAGAAAGUGGAAACGCAUCGAAUGAUAGCGGAAUUUUUCAAGGAGGAAAGACGAAGAAAGGAAAAAGGAAUUGUCGAUGACGAUUCGGAUGAGAAUUCUAGUUUGCAAGAUUCAGCGAGGCAAUCAGAAGAAGCUUCCUUAACUCUAGAGGACUUGAACGAUAACGACGACGAUGAUGAUGAUGACGAUGAUACUCCACCGCCUCCAUCUUCAGAGAACAGGCCUCCCACGCCAAAAAUGGCCAAUUCCAGUAGUCACAAGAAAAGCCAUCCAGAUCGCAAAGUGUUCUUGGCAAACAUGCCGGCGUCAGGAACCUCCGAAGGUGGAGAAACGACAUCCGAAUUGCUCAGUCAAAUUGCGGAACAACGGAAGAAUGCUGAGGACUAUGCAUUGCCUUUUAAUAGCUAUGCUAUGAUGGAAUCUGGACGCAAAGCUGAAGAAAAGUUACGGGCACUACUCACGAAAUCGUCCCAUCUGAAGGCGAAAACUCAAGAGAAUGACGAAAUCAGGUUGGAAAUCCACAAAAUGGACUUGUUGGUGGAAAGAGUCAUGUAUGCGAGCAUUGGACCCUUGCUGGAAAUGCUUGAACGCAUGGACGAGACAAUGAAUGAGCUGGCGGAUGAUAUCGACGAACAAAACGAACAGUUCGAUCCGACCAAUCCAAAACUUCCGAGUCCAAAGCGCCAUUCCGGUGCCAUGCGCAAGGAUCGAACAUUGGGUGGCAAAGUUGAUUCCGAGACCUCGCUGGUAUCUGGUUCGAAAACGAACCGAACCAUUCGAUCAGGUUCCAAGAGUUCCACUAAGAGUCCCAAGAGUCCGAGGAGUGCAGCAAAUCAUGAUUCCAUAAACUCGAUUGGAUCUGGCUCGAAAACGAACCGAACAAUUCGAUCGGGUUCCAAGAGGAGUCGGGACGGUAGGGCUCAAUCAGCCAGCCAAGAUUCCAUGAACUCGUUUGGGUCCCCCGGUUCCAGAAGGAACAUGGACCAGGAAGGUCAUCCACGUGGACGCAGUUUCUUUAAUGAAUCCAAACUCCAAGCUAGCGGGGUUUCAGUGUUUGAUGAUGUUGUCUCCGCAGUUCCACAAUCUCAAGUCCGACGGCCCGAAUUGAGCGAUUCCGAAGAUGAUGAGUUGGAUGAGGACUUUGAUGAGGAUAUGGACGAUGGCACUGAGGUCGAAGUUCCUUUGAAUGAUGAAGUGGGUUACGAAAGCAUGGACGAAUCCUCUGGCUACAGUGGUUCCCGUGAAAAAUCUUUGGAUGGCCAGUCCAAUGGAACCGGAUCUAGUUUUGGAAUUGACGCCUUCGAGGAGCAACUUAAAAUGGGAAACGAACCAUAUACGAUGCCACUGAAAGGAGGGUCUUCAGGAUAUCUAUCCGCAAGUGCUUCAUUCUCCUCGGAUGCGAUGACACCAAAGUCCUACUCUCAGUCCGACUCAAAGAGGAAUUCGUUUGCUUCCAUUGCCGAGGAGCAUGGGAGUCAAGGAAGUCAAUCACUGAGGGAGCAUGCAUUCAAUGGUGAAGCAAGGGAAUCUUCGCAGAGAAGCACAAAGAGUGGUGCCGUUGUUGAGGUGUCGGAGCGAGGAGGGAAAUCGGAUGAUAUGAGCAGCAUUGGUAAUUCGCAUCGCAGAUUGUAUGGUAGCGAUAGCGACAAUGAUGAGGAUUUCUUGGACAUGGACAUUUCCGACGUUGAAGACGUAGCAGCGAGUAAAGACAAUGGGAGCUUAGACAGUGAUGAUACCCGCACCGACGACGCAAGCGAAAAGGCAGUGUCGGUAAAGACGCAAACUGUUGGAGCGACAAGGGUAGAGCAAUUCUUUGACCGUUUGCAGCACUUCUUCGAAGUUAGAAGGAAGGUCGAGGAACGAACUGAAAUCAUUGAUCCAGCUGGAAAGUGCCGCAGAAUGAAAAUGCGAGUUCCUACCAAGCUUGUACCAAAGUCCAAUGGGCAAUACGGCAGUAUGUAUCAGCAACGAAGUACAGAUAAUGAAAUUAUCAGCAGCCUUGAUGAGCUCUACACCGUUGCGGCACAAGCCAGACCAGCGUUAGUUAAGGUUCUGGAUAGCAUGACGGACGAGAUUAUGGGACUGGACGUUCAAUCUAUUCAAGUUGCCGAAUUGAAACCUCGCGGUCGUGCUUUUGAAAAAGCCAAGGAAGAUUAUGGCGACAGGCGUCCUGGACCAGCCGAAUCAUGGUUAUGCGAUGUCGUUCGGGCCAGUGUGAUCUGCAAAUCCUAUAAACAAAUGAAUGACGUCAACAAAUGGCUGCAAAAGAAUUGCGACGUUGUCAAAGCAAAGAAUCGAUUCCUCGAACCCGCCCUAAAUGGAUAUCGGGAUUUGCUAUUCCAUGUUGUUGUGUCCUACAAUGGUGAAUUGACGCAUAUUUGUGAGAUUCAGGUGCAUCACAGAGACAUGAAAGCAUUAGACACGCAGUUUGGAAUGCCAAAGCAUUACGAAUUCUUCCGCUCAUCCUUUGCUGGUCCUUGGAGAAGCCAGGAGGCUAUUAUGGACGACCUGGCAUUGAUGAACAAGCAUGGAGACGUGGGGGCAUUGAUGGUGAAGUUACUGCGUUCCAAGGAUCCAGAUCAGCUACGCCUAUUUGCUCGUCUAUGUCGCGAGAAGAUGGAUGAUUUCGACAAGGCUCUCGAGUUGUACCGACGAGUGCUGGUCCUUCAGAACAAAGAGGGUGACAAGGGGAAUCAAGAUCAUGCGAGUCUUGUCGAUACCCAUAAGAGUAUUGGAUUAGUAUACGGCAAUAAGGGUGCAAUUGACGAGGCGUUGUAUCAUCUGCAGAAAGCUCUUGUACUCCAAGAGGAAGGAGCCGGAUGUGAAAACGUGCAAGGGGCAGAGCUCAUGACCGAGAUUGGCCGCAUGCUAAGCAAAAAGGGAGAUUUUGAAGGCGCCUUGCAGAAUUUUGAACAGGCUCUUGAAAUCCGUGAGAAUAACUUUGGAAAUGAGCACUUUAUGGUCAUCUCCUCCCUUCAAGAUAUCGGACAGUCUUUUAGCGACAUGGGUGACUUUACAGCAUCGGAAGUUUCCUACCGAAAAGCUCUCAAGCUUCAAGAGAAAAUGCUGAAUGAUGUCCAUCCUGACAUUGCAACGACAUCCCGUUUGAUUGGGACCACGCUCUGCAAGUAUGGCGACUUUGGAACGGCCAUGGAACUACACCGCCUUGCCCUGUCCAUUCGCGAAACAUCUCUUGGCAAGAACCACCCAAUGACGGCUGAAUCGCAGACCGACAUUGGCAUUGUUCUUUGCCUGAAAGGAGAUUUGGAAAAUGCAGAGUGGAGGCACCGAAAAGCACUUCGAAUCCGUGAACUCAAGGGAAAAGACGACGAAGACUGCGCCAUUUCUCUAAGCUACUUGGGCGAUGUGCUAAGCCGAAAAGGAGACCACGCUGAAGCUAUCAAAUUGAUCAAGCGCGCCAAGGAGAUUCGAGAGAAUUGCUUGGGCAUGGACCACCCUGUUACUGCUGCCACCUAUAUUGAUCUCGGAAAUGUCUACUACAAACAAGGUGAUGCGGGUCUUGCCCUGGCAGAAUACCGCCGGGCCAAGGUGGCCCGGGAAGCCUUGUUGGGUUCGGAUCACCAAGAAACUGCCGUGGCGCUAAGCUGCAUGGGGAAUGCCUUGAAUCUUCAGGGUGACUACCAAGCUGCCCACAAAACCCAUUUGCAAGCCUUGGAUAUUUAUGCCCAUUUCCUCGGAGAAGGACACCCUUUGACUGCCACUGGGUAUCAAAACAUUGCGGACACGCUGCUAUUAAUGGGCGAUAAAGAAAAGGCCUUGAUCCAACAUCGCAAAGCCCUUGCCAUUCGCGCCAAUGUUUUGUCGAAAGAUCACCCCGAUACAGCCUUGUCAUGUUCUCGCAUUGGAGAUUUGUUAGCCGAAAAGGAAGACUUGGUUGGAGCCUUGGUGGCGCACAGACAGGCAUUGGCCAUUUUGGUCAGUCUGAGUGGCGAAGGCACUGUUGCGUCUGCCAAGGCGCACAUUCACGUCGGGCUAGUGCUCGCCGCCCAAGGUGAAUUCGAAGAGGCUGUCGAAGAAUUUGACCAAGCCACUUCUGUCUUGGAGAAUGUCUUGGGCGAAGAGCACGAAGAGACGGCCCGGGCCUAUGGUCUGAUUGGCUCUGUCAAUAGUGCUCGAGGAGACUUUGACAAUGCCUUUGAUAUGCAUUCGCAAGCCUUGACGGUAUUUGAAAAACUCUUUGGUCCAAAGCACCCCAAAUCCAUUGCUGCUUCCAACAAGUGCAAAAUGGCCGAAAAUCAAAUUGCCGAAACAGAAUUCUAA